AAUGACAGUUUCAAGUUUAGAACAUUUUCUAACCUAACAAAUUAAUAUUUUACAUUUAUAAAAAGCAGGUAUUUUUUACAAAACAAAGUAGUUUAUCUGUAAAUUAUGGAAGAGCCAAAACCUGUUCAAUUAUCCAAGACAAUCUUGGAUAUGAAAUUUAUGAAAAGGACAAAAGAGAGGGUGCUCAAAGAGCAGGAAGAUGCCGAGGGCAAAGCCAUGUAUUUCAAUGAGAUCACCGACGAAAUGAAGAAAAGCGGGAAUAUAGUUUUUACAGAAACUAGUAUCUUCAACUGUAGAAAUUUAAUUGAAGGCCGGUUAUCUUUUGGUGGCAUGAAUCCAGAAAUAGAGAAACUAAUGUCCAAUGAUUUUACAAGGAAAAAACAAGAAGUGGAGAAACGGAAAGAAACUGAUAUUACUGACGUCCAAAUGGCUCAAGAAUAUUCCACUUUAGUUAACAYAAUGGCAAAUAAAUUUAGUGGAAAGAAAAACAAAAAUAAACGGAAAUUUAUAAAGCCAUCUGAAGAUUUUUAAUUAGCCCAGUUGCAAAUUAUUAACCGUUUAUUUCUAUAUUACGAUUAAAUUGUAUAACGACUUUUUUAAUAAAUUUAAUUCAUUUAUCUUA